AAAACAACUCAUCCUUUUCGCUUUUGAUUCUCUUGAUACCAAAUUUUCUUCAAAAUCUUCAUUUCAAAAUCUUCGUGUGAAUUUGAUUCCUUCUUUCAAUUGGAAUCCAUAAACCCAGAAUCUUGUUGUCAAUUCUUGGAUAAUUUACUUGUUUUGCAGCAGAACGUUUGGUUUUGGCCCCAAUUAUUGAUUCUUCUCAACAGGGUUCUGUUGAAUUUGAAUCUUUGUUGGGGUUGUGAAUUCUACGUUUCUGAGUUGAAAAGUUGAUUCCUUUUCAGUUUUUGGAUUUGGGUUUGUUUCAACUCUCUUCUGGGUCUCCAAUAGUAAUUUGUUGAAAUUGGGGUAUUUUGAUUUUUUUUUCAGGGUUUGUUUGGUUGAUCUGAAAUUUUCAAGGGUUGAAAAGUGAAAAAAAAGAAGCUGAAAAUGACAAUUGGAAGUCUUGCACCUAAGACAGAGAAGAAGAAAUCAAGAAAGAACAAAGCAGUGGUGAAUGAGAAUGCACCCUUGUUGCCUAAAAGUCAAGCCAAUGAAAGUGAUUCCGGGUUCGAUGAUUUCAACGGAGCUUCAUUUUCUGGUGCUGUUUUCAACUUGGCAACAACAAUUAUUGGUGCUGGAAUCAUGGCUUUGCCCGCAACCUUGAAACAGUUAGGAUUGAUUCCCGGUCUUCUUGGUAUACUCAUGAUGGCUUUUUUGACUGAGAAGUCAAUUGAGCUUUUGAUUAGGUUUACAAGAGCAGGAAAAUCCGUUUCAUAUGCUGGUUUGAUGGGUGAUUCAUUCGGGAAAUAUGGAAAAGCUUUGACGCAGAUUUGCGUUAUUGUUAAUAACGUCGGCGUGCUUAUUGUUUACAUGAUUAUAAUUGGUGAUGUGCUCUCUGGAACAUCUUCGAAUGUAAAACAUCACUACGGUAUCCUUGAAGGAUGGUUUGGUGUGCAUUGGUGGACUGGAAGGACAUUUAUUGUCUUUCUUACGACGGUUGCUAUAUUUGCUCCCCUCGCAUGCUUUAAGCGAAUCGAUUCGUUGAGAUUCACAUCCGCCCUUUCCGUUGCACUGGCGGCUGUUUUUCUUGUCAUUGCCGUGGGAAUUUCUGUCGUCAAGAUCAUAAGUGGAGGCAUUAGCAUGCCGAGACUCUUCCCAGUUGUUACCGAUGCAUCAUCUAUCGUUGACCUAUUCACCGUGGUUCCCGUGUUUGUGACUGCCUAUAUCUGUCAUUACAAUGUUCACAACAUUGAUAACGAACUCGAGGACAACUCACAGAUGCAAAACGUUGUACGUACGGCCCUUGGUCUAUGCUCAUCCGUGUACAUGAUGAUAAGCUUCUUCGGGUUCCUCCUCUUCGGUGAAGGAACCCUUGAUGACGUGCUUGCCAACUUCGAUACCGAUCUCGGAAUCCCUUUUGGUUCUGUGCUCAACGACGCUGUUCGUAUUAGCUACGCUGCACACCUCAUGUUUGUAUUUCCAGUUGUGUUUUUUCCGUUGCGACUCAAUAUAGACGGUCUUCUCUUCCCUUCGUCAAGACCUUUGGUUCUCGAUAACUUCAGAUUCGCAUCAAUGACUGCUUCCCUUAUUGGUGUUAUCUUCCUUGGAGCAAACUUCAUACCUAGCAUUUGGGAUGCUUUCCAGUUCACCGGAGCAACAGCCGCAGUCUGUAUAGGAUUCAUCUUUCCAGCCGCCAUCACUCUCAAGGAUCGCUACAAUAUAGCAACAAGAUCAGACAAGAUUCUAUGCGUAGUUAUGAUAGUCCUCGCUGUUGCCUCGAAUGUUGUGGCUAUAUACAGCAAUGCAUUUGGAUUGAUCACGAAGAGCAAUACUUCGCGCGAAUGAUGGUCACGGUUCUUGUCGAAAGGAACUGAAUUGGCCGAGUAAAUUCAGUUAGUCAGAAAAUCAGGGUUUUCUGAGAGAGGGUCUCAUGAGUCGUCGUCGAUUUUGAAUAAACGUAGAAGCUACUACCCUGUGUACAAAUUUGCUUCGAAAGGUGUCGAGGCCUGCUGCAACAUGUAUUCGGUUUCGUUUGUAAUUUGCGAAUUCGGUUAUAGUUAUUGUGGUUUUUCUUUUGAGUAAUAAAUACUCCUUGAUUUGUUUUAAAGAUGUAAUAGAACUUUUUGCUGGCUUCUGUAUGUAUUGUAUUGUGUUGAGUGAAGGAAUGAACUGUGUAUUCUUGAAUUGGACAAGAGAAAAUUGCUAUA